CCACCUUAACAUCUCUAUAAUCUCAUCUUCUUAUUCUUUCUCUACCACAAAGAUCCAAAUCCCAAAUCCAUCUCUUUAUUUUUUUACCUUUUAUAUCACAAAAUUUUGAAUAUAAAUUCACAGCACAAUCAAAACAAAUUCACUCAAUAAUCUAUAGAUACAGUAGAUAACAACUUUCAAAGAUAUGGCAGAGACCAAAACCCCUCCAGUGAUGAAGAUCAAACCAAAUUCCCAAAUUACCCCUUCCAAGCCUAAGACUACUGACUCUUCAUCUCUCAGUAAGAGUCUCCCCAGCUCAAAUAAGAUGAAAUCUUUCACCACUGUCACUAAAUCUGAGGUUAAAUCAAAACCGACAACAAUGUCGUCGUCAUCAACCAAAACAACGACCACGACAAAGACGACGAAGAGGAAAACUACUACCACCAAAGUGAGAGAAAGGAAAGUGUAUAAUUUGCCUGGCCAAAAACACGAUCCACCUCAAGAGAAAGAACCCUUGAGGAUUUUCUAUGAGUCGUUGUCGAAACAGAUACCAACAAGUGAAAUUGCAGAAUUUUGGUUAAUGGAGCAUGGAUUAUUGUCUUCUGAAAGAGCUAAGAAAGCAUUGGAAAAGAAGCAAAGAAAGCAAAAGGAGCUUCGUAGCGGAACUCCGCUUAAGUCGUCAUCAAAGCCACCAACUAAAACCGCAUCUUCACAGAAGCCGCAGCCAAGACCAAAUAAUAUUGGAUCUACAGAGAGGCCGCAGCCGAGACCAAAUAAUAUUGGAUCUACAGAGUGGCCGCAGCCCAGACCAAAUAAUAUUGGAUCUACAGAGAAGCCGCGACAGAAAUCAAGUAAUGGCGACAUUAAAGCCAAGAGGAAAAUCGACAGUGACAGUGAUGAGGACGAUGAUUUCAUUUUAAGUCAUAAAAGAAGAAGAGUGUAAGAAGAAAAGCCUCACAAUUUUUAUUUAAUAAAGGUUAUAAGAAGAAGAAGAAAGGAAUUAUGGGGAGGGGAGGCAAAAAUUCUGCAGAAAACCCUCAUUUGAUAUGUGUAUUAACCACUUUUGGUAUCUAUUUUAAAUUUUUGUAAAUAAAUAAUAUUGAAAUAUAAUUUAAA